AGAAUGCUAUUGAGAAAAUGGUUGAUGCUUCCAUCGAUACUGAAAAUGUUUUAUUUGAUUUCUGUACUACUAAUUUUCUUAUGGCUGUACCGGACGAAACAGAUAUUUUAUCCAAUACAGCGGCUUUCUCAAUAAGAGAGGAACCAGCGAAAGAUCCAGAAAAAGUAAAUGCUGAGUACGAAAUCACUCAAGACUUAACGGAAAAGGCCAUUUUCUUUUUCUAUUUGAUGACAUAUUUCAUAGAUUACAUAAGAGGAUCUAGUAAUGAUUUGACUUAUACUACUGAUCAUGGAACAUUGAAAGACAUUGCAAACGAGAGAAGAGACCAUGUUGCUUCAGCUUUAAAUGGUAUAAUCGGACGUCGUAUAAUAGAUACUGUGGGAGAUGAAGAUGAUGUGGCCUCUUUAACACUGAAGUGUUAUUAUCUAGGAAUAUACUUGAGUACCCAAUCUCCAGAAUUAUACAUAAAAGAAGUUAAUAUUGACUCAACUAGCCUUACAUGUAUCUUUAUUGAUAAAAAUAAUAACCAAAAGAGAUACGGGAAAAUCGAUGCCACAUGGUCAGAAAUAAACUCGGAUGACCAACCAGGAGAAUCACUUGUGCAACUGUUACAACGUGGAUAUCCACAAAAUCCACCCACACGGGCCACACCCUAACUUAAUGUUUGAAAAAAACAGGCAUCUAUAUUCUUCUAUAUUAUUAUAUAAUAACUAUAUUAGGUAUUUACCAUAUU